AUGUCGGUCAUUGUCUUUGCACUUUAUUUCCAAUUCUUUCACUGGAAUGUGUCUGAUGCAGGCGCGCGCCCGCCCGCAUCCCCCACCCCUCGGGCCGCCCGGACGGCCGGGCCCUCCCCCGCCGCUCCCGCCGGCCCACCUCCGCUUCCGCCCUGCGCCCUCCGCCGCCGGCCGCAGCGGCGCGGCGCACCCACCUCCGGGCGGCUCGCUCGGCGCUCGCUGGCUGCUGGCUGGGAGCUGCUCCGCCGCCGCCGCGGCCGCGCGGUAGACCCGCCUCCCACCCCGGGCCGCGAGCCCCGCCGAUUCGCCGGCGCAGCCCCGGGGCUGGCACCCUGCCGCCCGCUGAUUGGCGCCCCCGGCCGCCCGUUAGGGCGCGAGGCACGCCGGCCGAGCGCAGCGCUCGGCGCGCACGGAAGACGGGAAAUGAAAGCUUCCCUGAAGAGCGUGCCUUCAAAUGGACUUGGAGAGAUAGUUGGCCAUUCUCUGUGUCCUGCAUGGUUUCCAGACCAUCAAGAUGUUCAUUUCUACCACCUCCUCCAAUAUGGAAGCCCUGGAGUUAAGCAAAUUGUAGUUUUGAAUGCUGCUGUGUUCCCAAUCUGUGAGCUUUGUCAAGUGGAAUUCACCUGCAAUGAUGGCUCUUUAAAAAUAGUUACGUGAUGGGGCGCUUGGGUGGCUCGGUCAGUUAAGCCUCCGACUUCGGCUCAGG